GUGAGCAGCUGAGGAAGGAAGACGAAGAGACGAGCGAAGCAGAGAACAUUUUCAGUGAAGAUGAAGGUGUGUGUGCUGGUUCUGGGUCUGAUCCUGGUUCUGAGCCGGUGUGAGGCCCGCUCUCCUUAUCAGGCUGUUUUGCAGCACAGCCGCAUCCGAGGCCGCCAGCAGGGACCAAACGUAUGUGCAAUGCAGCAAAUUAAAGGAACCGACAGAAAAUACUUCACCAACUGCAAACAGUGGUACCAUCGCAAGGUCUGCGGCAAACCCACUGUGAUCACAUACGAGUGCUGCCCAGGAUAUGAGAAGAUUCCUGGAGAGAAGGGAUGUCCUGCUGCUCUGCCUCUGGUCAACAUCUACAACACUCUGGGUGUCGUCGGAGCCUCCACCACUCAGAUGUACUCUGAACGAGCCAAACUGAGGGAAGAGGUUGAAGGUCCAGGAAGCUUCACCUUCUUCGCCCCGAGCAAUGAGGCCUGGGCCGCCCUGCCCACAGUCAGUACCAGUCACAAUCCGCCCGUGAAAAUAGUACCAGAUGCACUAUUUCCUACUUUUUUCUCAAACAUGACAGCGACCUCAAGAAGCCACCUGGCACCAGAACAGAUGAACUGCUGUCAAAACACAUUGAUCUCACCACCUGUCUGUCUCUCAGGCAGUGUGACGAUGUCUCCCGACAUGAAGAAGCUGAUGACUAAUCACCUGGUGAAGCAGCAGUUGUCCUCUAAGUCUCUGUACCACGGUCAAGAGCUGGAGACACUGGGAGGCAUCACACUCAGAGUCUUCGUCUACAGAAACAACCUGUGCAUCGAGAACGCCUGCAUAGCUGCUCACGAUAAGACCGGACGUUACGCCUCCAUGUUCACUGUGGACAAGGUCCUCACUCCACCAAUGGGAACCAUCAUGGACAUCCUGAAGGCAGACGACCGCUUCAGUCUCCUGGUCGGUGCCAUCCAGACCGCAGGGAUGACAGAGUUGUUGAACCAGCAGAGGGUGCUCACCUUCUUUGCUCCCACCAACAACGCCUUCAACGCCCUGCCACGUCUCCAGCUCAACAACCUGUUUCGCAACCCUCAGGAGCUGACGGCCAUGCUCCGGUAUCACCUGGGGGAGGGUGUGUUGGUCAGUGGGGGCGUGGGAUCUCACACUAGAGUCAAACCUCUGCAGGGAGAGAAGCUGGAGCUGGGCGUGCGGAACUACACCGUCUAUGUCAACAAGGUCCCGGUGGCCGACGCAGACCUGAUGGCGACUAACGGAGUUGUCCACGCAGUCGACAGCAUCAUCAGAUCUCUGCCUCCCAAAGUGGACAGAGAACAGGCCGACGGACCUGAUACUCCUCUCAGAUCAGCUGCCCUCUAUAAGGUCGAGGCUAAGAGCUUCAGGAACGACGACCUCUUCCAGAAGGUGAUCCGAAGUCGCUCCAGCAGGACGAUGAGUCAGUAAGAGACUCGCCACAACGUCCGAGGAACCAAAGAAUGAGAACCACAGAACACCCCCCCCAAAGGGUCAAAUGUCACAGACCUUAAAGGAAAAAUCCCUGAAAUCCUGGAACAUGCUGCCGUUUGUUCCCUGAGAGCAGGAAAUGUUUCAGAGUCCUUUUCAUUCAAACCAAAGAUUCUGGUCAAACACGUGCCAACGAUUUAUUGAGAAAAUAACUUUUUCCAACAACAUUUUUUCAUGGCCUCUGUGGGUUGUGAAAAGGCAUUCGGGGUAGUUUUUAAGACCAGUGAUAAAAAUGGGUCAAACAGAUGAAGGUUCUUAAUCACGUUUUUAUUUUCAACAGUGUUUUAUUUUCUGUGUACUGUAAAAAAACCAAAACAAAUUCUGAUCAAAUUUCCAGAGUUUGAAGUGUAACGUCCUGCAGCCUGAGGUCAGAGGUCAGCCUCGCACUGUGACCUGCUGACUUCUGCAGAUUCUUAGGAUUUUUUCUUUGCUCUGUUUUGUAAAAUAAAACAUGAAAAAAUGUCUGUAACUGAAACUGUGUCUUUCUGAAUAAAAGCCUCAGAGUUCA